AUGUCUGCCUUGGAUGGUGUUUGCUUGGGCAUUUCGAGUAAUCCAGAUAUUUCUGGGCCUGGUGUACGGAUCGCGCUUUACCUCCAGUCCUUUCUUUCCGUUCUCCUCGUUCGUUUCUCGCCGAAGGAUGCGCCAGGAGCGUACUGGGCCAUGACAUCAACCGCCUUCUCGUUGAUCAUUUCGAGUAUCGUCACGUCAGCAAAGAAGGAGAUAUCCUUGCUGGAUGCGAUUGUCGUGGUGUACGUACUCCUACUCCCUGUUCUGGCUUCCGCGUUCGGUCUCUCAGAAGUUAUGGCACCUCCUCAAGGCAAGAACGCGACGCGAUCGGUGCACUCGCCCCUCCUCAUCAUCGCAAACUGGACGCGUUCCGUCUUCACAUACUCCUUCGCCCUCUACGUCUGGAUUGCCGCUCCAAAUUUUGGUUCAGACCCUCCCGAAUGCAACGAAGCCACUCGGCUGAUCUUCUUUGGUGCCAGUCUACCAGCCUUGGGGAGUGGACGAAUCCUCAGCCUCGCUGGCUGGGGUUUGUUUACCCUAUUGUUCAUUUGGAGGACAUUGAAGGGUGCCGGGACGAUUUUAAUCGCAUUCCAGGCGUUAUUCUCUUCCACUGCGAGUCAGGCACUGUUGAAGCCCAAGCAUCCUCCAAAGAAUGAGGUCCAUCGAGAGCUCGUCACGCGGACAGAUUUCGUGACAGGGAAAGUCACACAUGUGAAUCGUCUUUUCCGACCGAGACAAAUAUUUCAUGAAUUGGUGCAAGGAAUAGCAAGUCAGAUCCUAAGUUGGGCACCAUCUGGAACUGACCGGUGGUAUCGCGUUUAUGGCAAGACAAUUCUCAUCGGGUUUUUGGCUGCGUGGGCCAUUGUCAUGACCGAGUUGGAGUUGCUGCUCAAUAACUUGGAGGACAAUGUUAACAACGAGUGGGGCUUCGGUCAGAUCCUUCCCAUGCUCUUGACCAUUUCGCCCCUCUUCUCGCUGUACGAGUCGGUCCUAUCCCGCCGCUCGUCAGGUCCAGUGGACGAAACCCGCGUGCUCCGUUUUUCCAUCCGUCGCGCUCGAGGGCUGCAGCGUCCGUACUGCGAACUCGAUCCCUACCCACCCGAGGUGAUCGAGGAACUUCUUGAAGACGACGUGAAGAAAGCCCGGGCGCCGUCGCCCUUCGCUGUUGUGACAAUCGACGAACGAGAGAUGUACACGACGUUCGAGUGGGAGGACACGCACGACCCAGAGUGGGACGAAAGCUUUGACGUCAAGGUACGCGAUCUGUCGACGGUGGUCAUCCGGGUGUUCGACCGCAAGUGCAUCGAUCAAGGAUGGCCGUCGUUCAUAGGUUUUGUAACUGUCCUGCCAUUCUCAUUGCUGCCGCCACCCACGGAAGGGAUCCGAGAGGAGGAUCAACCUGCCAGUUCUCGGACUGACGUGCUCGAGAUACCACUAGUGCGAGAUGGGAAGACGGUCUCGUCGAUGACUGUGAGCAUUUCGCUGUCUACGGAUACGCGGUUCCCUCCCAGCCUGCCUGUGGUCCCUCCCGUGCUACAUGAGGAGGCAACGCACCUCCAACGACGGGUGGGCAUGGUCCAGUUCGGGAAUAAGAAAUGGGGCCGUAAGAAGGAGACGACGACGCACGUCUAUCAAAUGUCGUAG